AUGUUUGAGAUUCUAAGCAAGCGCGCCACUACAGGCGUCACAGGCGCCCUCCCUUACAACCCGGUUGAAUAUUGUAUACUUGCGGCGGGGACAGCUAUUGCCUGGGCAUAUACCAUUGAACUCGAUCUAGUCAUCUUCUAUACCUUCAGGCGUCGCAAGGGUCUAUACUUCUGGUCGCUUCUAAUCAGCUCGUGGGGUUGCACACUGCACGCGUUGGGAUUCGUCCUCAAGUUUCUCGUCGGAACUUCAUGGCUAAUUGAACUUCCCUUCGUCGAGAUAGGAUGGGUUGCAAUGGUUACGGGCCAAGCCUUUGUGCUCUACUCGCGCCUUCAUCUCGUCGUUCGCAACCAACGGACUCUUCGAUAUGUGCUCUGCAUGAUCAUCUUUGAUGCGUGCGCCCUGCACAUCCCGACAAUCAUCUUUACGUAUGGGAGCAAUUCGCCCAUGGCCAACUAUUGGACGCCCAAGUUCAACAUCAUGGAACGCAUCCAGCUUACGGGCUUCUGCGUUCAGGAGUUUGUCAUCUCCACGAUCUACAUCACCUCAACGGUCAGACUCUUGGGAUCAAUCUACCACAGCAUGACGCGAAAGGUAAUGCUACAGCUGCUCCUGAUCAACUGCAUCUGUAUCGGCAUGGACAUCAUCCUCAUUGGCCUCGAGUUCACAAACAACUACGUUGGCGAAGCGUCCAUCAAACCUAUGAUUUACGCCAUCAAGCUCAAACUCGAAUUCGCCGUGCUCAAUCAGCUCAUGGGCCUCACCAAGGCCGGUUUCACGGAAGAAAACCAAUGGCAAGGCCGGGAACAAGCCGCCAGCCAUGAGCUUCGUAACCGCACUCUGGCCUCGCAAACGACAGCGGAUCCCGAAGCAGGUCCACCCCGUAAAGUCGGCAAUUGGACCAGCGCCAAAGGCAUCCGAGGUUCCUUCUCCGGCGGUCGCAUUAGCGUGACUAGGCCGGAUGAAAUCUUCAAGACGCAUCAAGUCGAUGUUGUCAGCGAGCCAAAACCUAUGGAUGAAUCAACUACAUCCUCUUCGACCGCGGUGACCGUCGGUGAUACUGGGAUCCCACCCAAGGUGAAGAGCCUAAUGGGUACGCCGACUGUAUAUAUGCCAGGUCGGCCAUCAAGGCAUUCCCGCGCAGAUCCCGGCGGCCGGCAACACAGCCCUAGCGAAAGCGAGCAGGGGAUUUGCAGAAAGAGCACAGAUAGUGAGAAAGAAGGCACUAGAUGGAUUGACGGCGAUGUGUCGACCGUCCAUGGGGAAUGA